UUGGAGUCUCUCGCUCCUUCCUCAUAUUUUGUCGUUUGUAUCCGCGUCAUGAAUUCCUCUGUGCAGAGUGGUAGCUCUGCUACUCUUUCCUUGCUAACCUUCCGCAAUCUGAUUCUUGCAAUGUUGGGAUAUGUCGUCGCUCGUAUCAUAUACCAGAUCGUUUACUACAGAUGGUUUCACCCUUUGUCCAGCUUCCCAGGCCCGUUCUGGGGGAGCGUGACAAGAUCAUGGAUCGCGCAGANUAUCACAACCUCAGGGAAGAUGAGCACACAGUUUGUCUCGAACUCCACAAGAAAUAUGGUAGUCACUCCUACGCUCCUGUUGGUCAGCGAUGCCACAAAGUUGCCCGAGAUCUACCAUCGUCAUGCAGACAAGUCAAAACAUUACAUAACCGGAAGUUUUGGACACGUCGAGAGUCUGUUCAACAUGCAAGACUCGAAGGUACAUGCUCGCUUCAGGAAAGUCGCUGCUGGAUCUUAUAGCUUCUCUAACAUCAAGAAAAUGGAGCCAUUGAUUGAUCUACGCAUCAAUGACUGGAUCAACGAACUCUCGACUCGCUUCGCAAAGACUGGCGAAAAGAUGGAUUUUGCUCCCUGGGCUGUAUACAUGGCAUACGAUGUCAUCUCCGAAGUUGGCUUUGGUGCCCCUUUUGGCUUCAUCAAAUCUGGGUCGGAUGUUGCUGGCUUGAUCAAAGGUCUUCACGAAGGCCUGGUUCCUUUCGGACUUAUGGCUCGCCUGUAUCCUUUUACUGGAUGGAUCAAGCGAACUGCCUUUGGCGACAAGUAUCUUGUCGCUAGACCAGAGCAGGAGUCUGGCAUUGGUACGCUUAUGAGAUUCCGCGAUAAGUUGAUUGAGCAGAGGAGGAAUGAUAUCGAGGCCGGUAACACGAAUGGCAGGAUUGAUCUACUUCAGACCUUCAUCGACGCGCGCGACGAAAAAGGUCAAGCCCUUGAUCCCGAGUACAUCAGAGCCGAGAUCCUGCUCGUCCUGCUCGCAGGCGCAGACACCACAGGCACAGCCUUCCAAGCCCUGAUGAGAGACAUUCUCACCCACCCUUCCGUCUACACAACCCUGAUGAACGAACUCGACACCGCUACUGCAGCCGGCCACCUCUCCGCUAUGCCUCAGUACCACGAAGUCGUCGAACACUGCCCCUUCUACAUCGCCUGCAUCAGAGAAUCCAUGCGCCUUACACCCUCCGCGCCAAACAUUUUCCCUCGCGUGGUGAGCAAAGGAGGCAUGGAUCUCUUUGGUCAACACAUCCCUGAAAACAUGGAAGUGUCCAGUAACCCCUACAUCGUGCACCGCGACCCUGCAAUCUAUGGCCCCGACGCCGACGUUUUCCGUCCCUCUCGCUGGUUUGAAGACGAAGAACAAACCCGUAUCUUCAACAAAUACAAUCUAGGUUUUGGCUAUGGCGCAAGAGGAUGUUUGGGCAAAGAAAUCGCGAAUAUGGAGUUGUAUAAAGCGCCUUUGCAGUUUUUGAGGACGUUCAAGUUUGAGGCGGUGAACAAAGAGCAACCGGCAAGGUAUUGGUACAAGGGUGGGCUUAGCUACUUUACAGACAUGUGGAUGAGGAUUGAGGAGAGAGAUAUUGUGGGAAAGCAGUAG